CGGGAAAUACCGCUGCUGUUUAACCCAAAAGUGAAGAAGAAGCACUUCCGCCAAGCUGUUUCUAUGGUAACAAGACAUGGCGCCUGGAAGCCAACCGAUCCUGUCCUCCACUCCUCUGCAAAUCCUCUUGUAUCUGAACUGUUGGUACUUUGCUGCCUUUUACCUGGCAGAGAUCCUGAUGUUCAUCUAUAAAGGUGUUUUGCUCCCGUACCCGUCAGAUAAUCUGGUUCUGGACGUGGUGCUGCUGGUGCUCUUCCUCGGCCUCGAGACUCUCAGGAUCUUUUACGGCUGGAAGGGGAACCUGUGUGAACGCUCUCUGGCGUCGGCGGUGUCGCUCUUCAUCCUGCUGCCCUGCGCCGCGCUGGCCGUUUACUACCUGCUGCUGCAGACCUUCGUCCUGCGGCUGGAGUUCCUCCUCAGCGCCGUGCUGCUCUGCUUCUACGCCCUCGAGUUCCUGCUCGGCCUCGUCUCCGUCUCUGCUUUCUCCAGGUCCAAAGUGUACUGAAGAGGAUGAAGGUUCACCUGGAACACGGAGCAUGAAGACGUCAGCAGUGGAAUCAUGAAGAAAAAUGUACAAAUCUUUCUGUAGAUGACACUUUGUAAAUAUUAAACUUUGUUUAUUUUCAUAAAUGUAAAUGUGAAUCAGUUUGAUACAAUGUUUUCUACUGUUUUAUACAAACUGUUUGAGAUCAACGCAUUUCUGUAAAUAAAU